AUGGCAACUGAGACAGCAAGAAGGAAACUAGUCAUUGUUGGUGAUGGUGCAUGUGGCAAGACCUCACUAUUAUACGUUUUCACCCUUGGUGAAUUCCCCACCGAGUAUCAUCCCACAGUAUUUGAGAAUUACGUAACCGAUUGUCGAAUAGAUGGCAAAGCAGUCCAAUUGGCAUUAUGGGAUACUGCCGGGCAAGAAGAAUACGAAAGAUUACGACCGCUCUCGUACAACAAUUCACAUGUCGUUUUGAUUGCAUUUGCUUUGGAUACGCCCAAUUCAUUUGAGAAUACUCGAUCAAAAUGGGUUCAAGAAGUUAAGAAGUAUUGUCCCGAUACACCAUACAUCUUAUGUGGUUUGAAAAAGGAUUUAAGAAUAAACACCAAAGAUCGUCGGCACUUUGUCCAAGUUGAUAUGGGCGAAGAGAUGGCUCGUAUAAUUGGAGCUAAGACAUAUUUGGAAAGUUCGGCUUUGACGGGUGAAGGAGUUGAUGAUAUAUUUGAGUACGCAACGAGAUUAAGUUUACUUCAAGGAUCGAAGCUGAAUAACGGGUGUUGCACAAUACUUUAG